AUGGACCCUGUUGUGGGAUCUUCAUCAGGAUCAUCAUCAGGGUCUGAUGGUUGCACUUUGUCACAGGAUCAGAUUACAGCAGCUGGUGCUGUUAACCUGGCAGCAAGUUGUCUGUCUAUAUUGGGCUCGUCAGCCAUCAUCAUCAACUAUUUCUUUUUCCUCAGAGAGACCAAGCGACAACAGGUGCUGUAUCAGAUGGUCCUAUCACUCUCAAUCGCCGACUUCUUUGGCUCAAUAGCCAUCUGUAUAUCACAAUCUGUAGUAUUGUCAAGCAUCUUUCAAGGAAUAGUAUUCUGUGUAACAAUUAGAGCAUUCAUCAACUUUUUCUUCCUGGCCAGCUUUAUGUGGAUGUGCUGCAUUGCUUUCCAUGCGUUCUGGAGCUCGCGACAACGUAGUCAGGUACCUUUACCUGUCUUUCACAUUGUGUCUUGGACCGUGCCAGCAGUAAUGACGACAAUCAUGCUAGGCAAGCACAUGAUCGUCGAGGAACACAACACUGGCUACUGCCAUCCGACACCACAGGCACGCUGGGCCUUCUGGUAUGGCCCAAUGUUCUUCACAUUCGCUUGGAACAUCAUACUGUAUGGCCUGAUCCUUUGGCGCUACCGUCAGGCAGUGCGACCAUUUGUCGCCUCGCCAAAUGGCUCGCGCAACGUUCAAGACACCACAUUGAACAACUCAUUCAGCCAGGGCUCGUACGGCCCCGCCUCUGAGCGCUUUGUUAACGAGCGCAAACGCAAGCUGCAUUCAAAGGUGGCGCGCCAGCUGGGCAUAUACCUGCUGGCGUUUCUAAUCUGCUGGCUGCCGGACCUUGUCGACAGCUUUGUUUCGACGCCUGCCAAGUACUGCGACCUGUACUGGCUGUGGAUCCUGCAGAACUUCACCACACCACUGCAAGGCUUCCUCAACUUUAUAGUUUAUGGUGUGUCCAGUCGGAUGUUCCUUAGGUGUUGUCGAUCCGAACCGUUGGACAUUCGAUCAAUACACGAGAACAGGUCACAAAAGAUUAGUAUACUACGUGGAAUAGUAGACUAG